UCAGAAUCCUCUAAAGUGCGCAACGUCAAUGACGAGGUGUGGGGACUUCCUCGCACUUACGGGGUGGCCAAGCUGACGGCUGAUUUACAAACCGGCGACGAGAGACCGAAGAUGGCAGCGCCGGCCAAGAAGCACCGCCGAGAGGGCGAGAAGGUGUGGUGCCCCGACCCGCGCAACGUCUGGCAGCUGGGCUCGAUCGUCGAGGACGACGGCGAGUCGCUCUUCGUGCUCACGCCCGACGACAACGAGGAGCACAAGUUUGCAGUGACGCAGACGCACCCGUUCGACGUCUCACACGCCCAGCUCUUGCCCAACGUCUCGGACAUGGACAACCUCCACGAAGCGCCUUUGCUCGACCUGCUCCGGCGCCGUUACGAGCAGGACCUCAUCUACACGUUCACGGGCGACAUCCUCAUUAGCAUCAACCCGUACAAGAACAUCCCGCUUCUCUACAACUUUCCCGAGAUCGACUCGCUGAGCAAGCAAGAGAACCCGGCGCCGCACGUGUUUGUGACCGCCGACGGCGCGUACCGUGCGCUCCAGAAGGACGGCAAGUGCCAAUCGAUCCUUGUCUCGGGCGAGUCGGGCGCCGGCAAGACCGAGGCCUCCAAGUACAUCAUGCGGUACUUGGCCAACAUUAGUCAGUCGGGGAAAGGCGCGGCGGCGGCCAACGGCGGCGGGUCGUCGGUCGAGCAGUGCGUCUUGCAGAGCAACCCGCUGCUGGAAGCCUUUGGUAACGCCAAGACGAUCCGCAACGACAACUCGAGUCGAUUUGGCAAGUUUAUCAAGAUCAACUACAACCGCAACGGAACGAUUUCGGGAGCGAGCACGAGUCAUUUUUUGCUCGAAAAGUCGCGUAUUGUGGGCUGCGCCGAGAACGAGCGCAACUACCACAUCUUUUACCAGAUCUGCUCGGGCUUGUCGGCCGACGAGCGAGCCGCCUUGUUCAUCACCAAGGCCGAAGACUACGAGUUCCUCAACCAAGGCAACUGCAUCACGGUCCCCGAAGUCAACGACAAAAAGUGCUUCAAGGAGCUCGUCGACGCCAUGGCGAUCAUGGGCAUCGAUGCCGAGACCAAGCGCACGAUCUUUGCGCUUGUCGCGGCCGUCAUGCACAUGGGCAACCUUCGCUUUACGGAAAACGCCAAGAUGGAAGCGCAGUGCGCCGACAUGAACCAAGUCAACCAGCUCGCGUCGCUCAUGAAGGUCGCGCCCAAGGACCUCCAGUUUGCGCUCUGCAUGCGCACGAUGAGUGCGGGCACCCGUGGGAGUGUCGCGGAGAUCGCGCUGUCGGCCGUCGACGCCAUCAAGUCGCGCAACGGUCUCGCCAAGGCCAUCUACUCGGCGCUCUUUGAUUGGCUCGUCGACCGUAUCAACGCGGCGACGGCGCAGAUCACGGGCGCGUCGACCGAGCGCGUCAUGGAAGGAUCGCCCGGGCGGUUCAUUGGCAUUCUCGAUAUCUUUGGGUUUGAGAUUCUCCAAGCCAACUCGUUCGAGCAGCUCUGCAUCAACUACACCAACGAGAUGCUCCAACAGCAGUUCAACGAGCACGUCUUCGUGUACGAGCAAGAAGUGUACGUCGAAGAGGGCAUCGACUGGUCCAAGCUCUCGUUUCAAGACAACAUUCCGUGCCUCGAGCUCAUUGAGAAGAAGCCGCUCGGUAUUCUCAUCCUCCUCGACGAGCAAGCGAUGCUCGGUCGCCGCGGGUCGGAUGAAAAGUUCAUUCAAAAGCUCCAUCAGACCCACGAGAAGCACCCAAACUACAUCAAGCCGCGCUUUGGCAACGAGCAGUUCAUCCUCAAGCACUACGCCGGCCAAGUCACGUACAACGUCGCGGGCUUCCUCGACAAGAACAACGACUCGCUCCACAACGACCUCAUCGAGCUCAUGAACAGCAGCCAGCUCGAGCUCCUCAAAGUCCUCUUUGCGGCGCCGGCGCCUGCGAAGGACGAAGGCCCAAAACUCAAGCGCGCGUCGAUGACCAAGAUGACGGGGACGAUGACGGUCGGCCGCAAAUUUCGCGAGCAAAUGGCCGAGCUCAUGGCGCAGCUCCACACGACGCAGCCGUCGUUCGUGCGCUGCGUCAAGCCCAACAACAUUCGAUUUCCGACCGGGUGGAACGCCGAGCUCAUUUUGAACCAGCUCAUCUACCUCGGUGUCAUGGAAACGGUGCGCAUUCGCCGGUCGGGCUUUCCUGUGCGCCGAACGUUCGACGAGUUUGUCGACAAGUACAAGCUCCUCGAGAAGGUCUACUCGGUGCGCGCCAAGAAGGUCGCUAGUACCAACAAGGAGAAAUGCGAGCGUGAAAACUGGCAGCUUGGCCACAAGAAGGUCUUUAUGCGCGACUCGCAGCUCCGCGUGCUCGACGCUGUCGUGCGCAAGGUGCGCAUCGACGCUGCGAUUACCCUUCAAAAGUAUGCGCGCCGUCAACUCGCGCGCAAACGGUACACCAAGCAGCGCAAGGGCAUUAUCGCGCUGCAGGCGCUCGUGCGCAUGCACCAAGCCCGCACUCGGUUUGUCAUUCUGCGCCGCCGCAUCACGUGCCUCAACUCGCACGUCCGCAAAUGGCUUGCGCGCCGCCGUUUCCUCGGCAUCCGCAAGGCCAUUAUCCGCGUCCAGGCCCGCGUCCGUGGUCGCCGCGCGCGCAAGCUUGUUGCGUACAUGCGGGCGGCGCCCAAGGCCGCGACGACGAUCGGCAAGCACAUGCGCCGGUACCUCGCCCGCAAGCACUUUUUGCAUGCCAAGGCGAGCGCCACGCGCAUUCAGAGCGUCGUCCGCAUGCACCUCGCGCGCACGCGCUUUGUGCGGCUUCGGAAGGCCAUGAUUCUCCUCUCCAAGAACAUCAAGCGCUUCCUCAAGCGUCGCCACUACAAGCGCAUGCAAGUCGCGGCGCUCGCUCUCCACGCCGUCGGCCGCGGGUUCCUUGCGCGCCUCAAGUAUGGCAAGAAGGCGCGUCUCCGUGCGCAACUCCGAGCCCGCGCGCAGACCACGAUCGCGCGCAUGGUGCGCGGGUACCUCGGACGGCUGCACUACCGCCACGCCAAGCAUUUGAUUGUGAUUGUGCAAGCCCGUGUGCGCGCCAACCGCGUGCGGACCGCGUACCUCCAGGGCCGCCAAGCGACCAUCAACUCGCAGGCUAUGAUCCGCCGGUCGCUUGCGCGCCGCAAGUUUCUGAAGGAGAAGCGCAUGGCCACGCGUCUCUGUGCGUUUGGUCGCAUGAUCAUUGCGCGCCGCCAGUACCUUCUGGCCAAACGCCGGAUCGUGCUCGUCCAGUCGCUCGUGCGCCGGUACCUCCAGGGCAAGCACUAUCGCAACAUUCGCAAGCAGUUUGUCAAGAUCCAAGCGUGCUGGCGCCGGAAGCAGUGCGUCGCCCAGUACCAAAAGUCGCGCCACGCCAUCAUUGUCAUCCAGUCGUUCGGCCGCAUGAUCCCGGCGCGUCGACAGCUCCUCACGUCGCAGGCGGCGGUGACGCGCUUGGCGUCAGUGGUGCGCAUGUUCCUCGCGCGCAAGGCAUAUCUUCGCAACAAGCAGCGCAUCGUAGCCAUUCAAGCGGUCGCGCGGCAGUGGAUGGCCCGGAAGCGCUACGUGGUGACGCGCCAGCGCAUCAUUCGUGUCCAGGCACAGAUCCGGUCGCUCUUGGCCCGCAAGGUCAUGGACAAGCAGCGCCGGGGCAUGAUGCGCGUGAUUCUUGUCAUCAAGAAGUACCUCGCGCGCAUCCGCCUCCAAAAGAAGAUCAAGUUGAUGUUUGCGGCCGCCCAAGCGUUCGAUUUGACGACCAUUUUGCGCCUCAGUCAGGACAAGGACAUCCCCAACUCGACGCUCGUGCGCGUGCGCGACAAGAGCAACUACAUGCGGUCGCUCGUGCACAUUGCCGCUAUCAACUGCGACUUGAAUCUCGCCCGCUUUGUGCUUUCCGAGAUUCCCAACAUGGAGGACCAAGUCAUCUCCAAGGACACGCUUGGCAACACGCCACUGCACUACGCGGCGCGCCUCGCGCAUCUCGACAUGGUCAAGCUCCUCGCCAAGAUCGCCAACCGCAUCCAAGCACCGCCGCCGGCGCCGACACCGAAUUCGAGCCCUGUGGGCGCGUCGCCCGCCAACAGCAAGGACCAGUCGCCGGACGCCAUGCUGCGCAAAAACUCGAGCUUUGGGACACCGCGGUCGCCGGGCCUUCGGUCGCCGUCGAUCGGCGGCAUCAUGGGGGGCGCCGUGCCGCCGACGCCGCAGCAAAAGAACAACCGCCGGAAGCUCGUGUCGAGUGCAUCGCAGAUGCCGACCAUGUCCGCAGCGCCGAUCGAGCUCCCACCGGAUACGACCAAGGUGAUCAAGGCGGGUCCGUUGCGCAUGGCCAGCGGCGCCAAGAUGGCGUCCAAGCGUCACGUUGUCCUCGACCCGGUCGCGAUUUCGGCGUACAAGACGGCCAACGACCGCAUUCCGGUCAAGAUCCUCGAGCUUGGCGACGCCACACUCCGCCGCGCGUCAACGAUCGAGCAUUGCUUUGAGAUCAUUUCUCCGCGGCUCAAGAGCCACACCAACCUCACGGGCGUGCUCUCGUUCGUCGCCGACACGGAGGCCGAGGUGCACGAGUGGAUGCUGGCGCUGCGCGAGAUCAACGGGAUGCGCAUCGCGACGACCGUGCCGCCCAACCACAACAUGAUUUGCAUCGACAUGCUCCAGCGCAAGGAGUUUGUCAACUGCCAAAACAACCACCACGAGGCGCCGUUGCACCUCGCCGUGCAAAACUCGGAGGACGAGGGGUUCGAAGCCGUCAAGACCGCGGUCUGGCUCAUUGAGAAUGACGCCGACAUCAACGCCAAGGACACGCUCGGCAACACGCCGCUGCACUACGCCGUCAUCCAGGAGCGCGACGACCUCAUCGAAAGUCUCCUCAAGAAGGGCGCGCUCACCACGAUCCGCAACAACGCGGGCGACAUGCCCGUGGACCUCGCCAACGACGAGUCGAUGCGCGAGCUAUUUGUCCCUGGCGCCGUCGUCGCCGUUCCCGCAGACCGCAGCUUGCUCCCGCGGCCGUCGGGGUCGCUCAAGGUGCGCGACGGCACGUACGUCUCGGUGCUGCUGAGCGCUGUCGCGAUUGCGGGCGGCGUCAUGCAGACGCCCCACUUUCGCAUCUACUCGAUGGACCCGCGCCGCGCGGUGGUCGACACGCCGCAGACGACGCCGGAUGCGCUCAUCCAGGACGGCCCGAGCCUUUGGUUUGGCAACACGUGGCAUCUCCAGGUGCCGCUGGAGCACAUGACGGAAGGCUGCGUCGCGGUGUUUGAGCUGCUUCGGUACGACUACCACACGGACGGCCCCGAAGUGUUUUGCUGGACGUUCUUCCGCUUGGAUCUGAGCAAGAUCACGAGCGCGCCGUUGACGUUCGAAAUGUACUCGCCGCCCGUGGACCCGUACAGCCAGAUCCUUGCCCGCAUGCCUGGCGACUCGUUCUUCCAGGCCGAGCUCAACAUCUCGUUGUAG